CCACCAAACCAGCCUCCAAAACCUAUCCCUUUUCAAAAUCAAAAGAUAAAGAUCCUACAUCUACUACCGUCAUCAUGUGUAUGAAGGCCACUUGCUCUACUUGCCAAAAAACCUCCUGGUGGGGCUGCGGCGCGCACAUCCCCUCGGUCAUGGACGCCAUCCCCGAGAGUGAGCGGUGCACUUGCACGCCCAAGGUCGAGCGGGAGGGCAAGUCCUACCCGCCCAAGGCGGCGCGGUGACUCCCUGGGUGUGUUGUUGUCUAGUUAGGGAAAGAGGGUGAUGGGAUGGUGGCGUUGGGGUGUUCAGGGGAGUUGGGCGAUGUGUGAGGAAUUCUGAUGAAGGUGACGAUAUACAUGUACCGUACGCAUGUUUUGAAUGAUGUGGAGAUAAAAGAAUCUCUCAUUAGAAAUAAAGCACCGUAC